AUGCGGCUUCCGGAGCCGCAGCAGGCGCGCGGCCCCUCCCGCCGCCGCGCGUCUCGCCGGACGACGCCGCAACGACCCGCCUGCACUGCGAGCGCUGCGGGGGAUGGCAAUGAUGCCCCGCCGCGCGGCGGGGCACCAGGCCACGAGCGCCCCCUCUGCCGCGCCCUCGUCAUCGGGGACCGGGGCUCCUUUUCGCAACCCAUUCGGUGGGGACGGGCGUGCACGACGACGGCGCCCGGCGCGCGGGCCAUCCUACUAGCGAUGGGGGCGGGGGAAGACAAAGCAUCGCGCGGGGGCGGGUGUGAAAGUUGUGCUGCCCUCGGGCCCCGGCGAGCCCGCGGGGAAGCUCCAGAGUGA